AUGCAGUUCACAUCCGUCCUUCUGGCCCUGGCCGCCACCGCCAGCGCGUCCCCCAUCAUGGGCAGCAUCAAGAUGUUCUACGAUCCCAAUGCCAACUGCAGCGGUGUGGCUCUUCAGACCGAGGGCGGCUCGGAAAUGGCCAUCGCUCCCUACGACGUCAACAAGUGCCAGCUCAUUCCCAUGGGCGUUGCCAACACCACCUACAAGAGAUUCUCCGCCAGCGGCUUGACGCCCAUCUUCAGCUUUGAGCUCUACACCGACAGGGAGUGCCAGCAGCUCGCCACUAACGCCUCGAAUGUCUGCGUUUCCGACAUCAAGUCGUACAUUCCCCGUCGCAACGACGGCAACUAA